AUGGACACCACCGGUGGUGGUGGUGGUGGAACCACCCAGUUUCGGUUCAACGCCACCACCAACGGGGGCAUUGCGCUGGCCAACGGCACCAGCUACUGGCUCGUGCUGGCCUUCGUCGACGGCAGCUACUGUGAGCUCCAGGGCUCCACCGUCCCCUAUGACGGCGCGCCAAUCGGCGGCCUGGUCGGGCUGGGCGGCCGGGUUGUGGUGGAGCCGCAGCAGGGAGGGUGGGUCGACAGCAACGAGGUGGUGGCCCUCAGCAUCGACAUUUUCGGCUGCCUCCAGCCCUCGCCCUCACCCACACCUACUCGAUCACCUUCCUCAUCCCCGAGCACCUCGCCCUCACGGCCAACCUCAAUCACCGGCCAAGUGAAAGCGAUCGUCAACACCACUGCAACGUUCAGUGACGAAGGGCCGGCGGUGUCGAUCACUGGCUCACUCCCUGAGUCUUCGUCAGCGGUCGCCGUGGAGCUGGGCGUCGCUGGCUUGCUACUGGGUGAUGUGGCUGUGGACUUUGAAGCCUUAAACACCACCCGCAUGGGCACUACCAGUGGACCAUCAUCGACCACCGCCUAUGCCUACAGCACCCAGAUCGAAGCCUCGACACUCACGCAGUCCUUCUCCCACUUCCACCAAGCCACGCCCAUGUCGUUCGCUGGACUGAACUUCACCGCCCGCGACGGUACCGCCAAUUUCACCGCUGCGGUCGACACCACCAACCACAGCCUCACCUCCAACGCGCAACGCAACGGCUUCACGAUUCGCUAUCGAGUGUCGGACCUCUCCACGCUCCGAUCGCCGACGGCCGAGCAGCGGAUCUUCAGGCGGGACGACACGCCGCAAGCUGGCAUCACGACCUUCUACGUGGCGCUCCCCAAGACUUCCGGAGGCUCAGUCGAUGAUGCCGUGGCUCAGCUGGAGGUGCUUGGCGUGGCACUGGUCGACGACGCGGUUGUACCGCUGACUCACAUGUCACUCGCAGUCGCCACCGAGUCUGCGGACGUCGCAGGGGCGAACAAUGGGAGCUACGUGCUCGAGCUGGGCUUCCCGCCCUUCACCCAAUUCGUUGUCUACGACCCCAGCCUGGGCCUGGGCGUGCUGAUCGGUCGGCCGGGCGGAGAUGGCUCAUCGCCGUCGUCGUCCGAUCUAGGCCUUAUCCUGGGUGUGGCGGUGGCGGUGCCUCUGGCGGUGCUGUUCGUGCUGGCGGUCAUCGUGGCGAGUCUAGUCGCGGUGCGUUGGUUCCAGUGGCGGCGCAACCGAAACCGGGCCACGGCCGUUAACUUCGGGGAGGCACCAACUCAGGCAGACCCCCGCGAUCUGCUCUAG